CCUCCCGCGGGAAGCGCGAUUCGCUCGAGAAUAGACCGACCGACCGACCGGAGAAAAAAGGGAGAAGGGACCUCGCCGGUGUUCCUCGUGAGGAGUCGUGAUGGCGUGCCAGGGAGAAAAGAGGUACACAUAUGAGGACUGCAAGCGGACAGCGGACUGGCUACUCUCCAACACCAAGCACCGGCCCAGGGUGGCCAUCAUCUGUGGCUCAGGCCUUGGCGGGCUGGCUGACCUCCUCAAGGACCAAGUCGCGUUUGAAUAUGGCAGGAUUCCCAACUUCCCCCAGAGCACAGUUGUAGGCCAUGCUGGGAGACUGGUGUUUGGGAACCUCAGCGGGACGCCAUGCGUGGUGAUGCAAGGGCGCUUCCACAUGUAUGAAGGUUACCCGCUCUGGAAGGUGACCUUCCCCGUCCGGAUCUUCCACCUCCUCGGUGUGGAGACCCUCAUAGUCACCAAUGCAGCCGGGGGCCUGAACCCCGAGUACGAAGUGGGGGACAUCAUGGUGAUCCAGGACCACAUCAACAUGCCCGGCUUUGCUGGCCAGAACCCCCUGGUGGGGCCCAAUGACGAUAGAUUUGGGGUCCGCUUCCCGGCCAUGUCGGAUGCCUACAACCAGGACCUGAGGAAGCUCGCGCACACGGUGGCCUCUGAGAUGGGCUGCUCCAAGACUGUGCGCGAGGGCGUCUACUGUGCCUUGGGAGGCCCGAAUUACGAGACCAUUGCCGAAUGCCGCUUUCUCCAGCGACUGGGAGCGGAUGCUGUAGGCAUGAGCACGGUGCCAGAGGUGAUUGUGGCCCGCCACUGCGGCAUGCGCGUCUUCGGGUUCUCCCUCAUUACGAACAAGGCCGUCCUGGACUACGAGAGCAAGGAGAAGGCCAACCAUGCCGAGGUGCUGGAGGCCAGCCGCCAGAGCGCCCGCAUGCUGGAAAAAUUGGUCUCCCUGAUGGUGCAGCGCAUUGAGCGCAACAACAACCUGGCCUAGCCACGCCGCCAGUGCCAGCGCGCACCACUUCUGCCACGCCGCUCCUUGUGCGAGGGACCCACAGUCUCUGUGCAGCCGAGGCUCGUUCACGCAUUCCCUAGAAGAAAAGCACGCUGACUUUCCCAGAUGUUCCCCCAACAAUUCCUCCUCCUCCUCAUCUCCUGCUGCUUGGGUCUCCGUUGCCAGAGGAAGUCCUGGAUGCGUGUCCUGAUGUUCUGCCCGACAGUCUUGACCUCCAGCGAGACUGUCCCCCUCUCCCUGCUUCUGUUGCAGCCGCUGUCCGUCGCUAAGCACAUGUGUGCGUAUUGGUGUCUCCCCGUCGGCUAGCGUCUCACUUUUCCGUGGCCUUUGGCUUUGAAAAGUUUAGGAUGUACAGAGUGUGCUUCUCACAUUCUGGAGGACCUGCUUCCCUUUUCAAAAUGGCUGUGCUCUCAUCAAUGGGCUCUUUUCUGCAGAGCUGCUGGCUUGUUCUAGAAAGCUUGUAAUCUCCCAAGCCAUGAAGUUGGACAGUCGUUUUGGCAGUCAUCUAGUCCAUCCUGGAUGCUCCUGUUUCCACAUUGUAUGGGGUGUCCUUUGUACGAUCUCUAGUGGGAGCUUGUUUGCCCAACACCCAAAUUUUGACCUGUGCUCUUCAAAGUGAUAGCCGUGUCUCCUUCAUGAGGGUCUACAUCUUGUCCCCUGUUUGUCUGUUUUGGAUGACUUGUUAGUUUCUUUACCUCCACCACCUGUUUUUCAUCUAUUCAUUGAGCACCUUAGGGAAACAAACUCUGUUGUCCCUACCUCUAAAAUGGGUAAACGUUUAAACUCUUCCUCUUCUGCCAUAAGCAAAUGACACAAAUGGUAAAACUGGUCUGCUUCAGACAGUGAAUGGGAGCAUAUGUGUUUGAAUGCAUGCCCCAUUGGAGAUCUUUAAAAUCAUCUCCCUGCUUGUAAAAAGAUAGCACAUCAGGGAGAAGGUUGGACUAGAACCUUGACAAGUUGGUUUUCUACUUGUGGUUAUGUUUUUGUUCGGUUAUAUGGCAGGGGAUUUAGUGGUGUGAGUCCUUGCACACAGUCUGAAACAAUGUUCUUGCCUUACCUGUUGGUGAGACAUAGGCUUAUGUUUUCAGGUGAAGGCCCAUUGUGGGCCCAGCCUUUCUUGUCUUGUUUCCUGCUGCCUCAGCAUUCAGGGGUGGUGUUCUAGACUUUCGAACCCAGAAGCCUUCCAGCUAGAUUUCCACAGAAAGUAGGCAGCAGUGGGACUCGCUAAGAGAUUCCUGCCAGUGAGGUAUCUUCAGUCCUUCUAGAAUGGACCAUUUAUUUGCAUUCCAAAUCUUGGAACUUGGAGACCAGCAGAUGAGCAGAGUAUGCCAUGACACACACAUUAUCCACUUGCAUCUUUCUGAUGCAGGCAUCUGGGUUGCCUCUCCGUGUUCAGGCAUCUCAGCACUCUGCUGGAGGCAGAAGGAUUUAAGCAGGAGCAGGUGAACAAUCGGAGCUCGGCUCCAUCCGUGAUUCUCUGUGGGGCCAUGCUGCAGUCAACAGGGCUUAACCUUCCGCUCUGUCCCUGCGCAGAAGGAAAAAUACUCUUGGUUUUGUGACAGCUGUCACAUACCAGGGAUGUUUAAAAAAUUGGACCUAAGGCUUGGGAAUCCAUGGGCAGCUGCAUGGGUGUGAAUGACUGCAGGCUCACACUGGCCUGAUGGAGUGUGAUUUCACAGAGGUGUGUGUGUAAUGCUCCCCCCCCCCCCAGUUAACACACGUAGGUGCAGAGGCUUCCCUGCUGUCCUUGCCCCCCCACCCCAAUUUUGCUUGCAGUGCCCCUUUCUCGCCUCCCAUUCUGUUUUUACCCCUACAGCUCAUCUGUCAUGGACCAAGAAGCUGGUAGCCUUGCCAUGGCUUAGUAACGAAGGCCGAAAAAUGGGAAGAGACGUAGAGAGAAAAAGUCAGCGAGUGAAAGUCAGUGGCUCAUAUCUAUUCAGUGCCUCUGAAGGGUUUGGCAGGUGUAGAAAUAUAUAUAUUAAAUAUCUAUAUUUUUUUAGAGGCGCAUCCAUAUUCUGCACUUUUUAUUUAAAUUAAGUUAAUAGAACCCCAAUUUAAUAAAGAAACAAUAAAGAAAGUUGGAAUGAACACUUUGAA